UGAGAAUAGGAAUAUGGGGUAUCGUUGCGUUGCCAAUUAAGGUUUUCGAGUUUGGUAAUGAGGCGUCUUCUCUUUGUUUGCUCACCUUCUUAGAUUAGACCUUUGGACUCCUCCUCCACUCAUCCACUAACCACCAUGACCAGCGGCGGAGGCGGGGGAGCGUCGCCACCUCACGCUAACUCCGGUGGCGAAUUCCUUCUUCAACUCCUCCAAAAACCCCACCAAUCCCAGACGCCUCUUGGAUCAGCAGCACUAACUUCACCACCACAGCCAACGAACGCCGCCAAUUCUAGAGCAACUGCGGUCCCAUCUCUUCCCGUUGAUUCCCGUGACCUUCAUAAUCACUACCAUGAUCCCGCCGUUGCAGCCGUGGGUCCUACCCUCCCUUUCCCAACAUGGCUCUCCAACGGCCAUGACCUUCGUACAACUCCUCCUUGGCCGCCCAACUCCAACACCCAUGCUCCCUACCCCUCUAAUUUCCUUCUCCCGCCCUUGCCUCAAAACACUUGGGGUCCCCCAGGCGUCCCUCCCCAUGGCAUCGACAGGCUUGAUCAUCACCAAAGCUCUCAUUUGCCUGCAAGUCAUCGUUUCUUUGUCGACGACUUUCAAAAAUUAGGGCUUUGGGGUAGUCCCGACGGUGUUGGAAAGCCAGAGCUUCUGAAUCAGCAUCAGCAGCAGCAGACACAGCCGCGGGAGAGCACGCUAAUGUUUGGUUCGUUCCCGUGUGACCUGAGCAAUAAGGGUCUUCCAAACGGGAAUUGUUCUCAACCACAGAUUCGAGGAGUCGAUAGGGCAAGUUUAGAGGCCCAAUUCAGUGCUCAGAAGGAGCUGGAACGUAAAGUUGGGGGCAGAAUCUCUGAUGGUCCAGAAUUUCACUCUUCGUCUCCUCUUCAGUCUAAUUGGAAUUGGCCAUUAGAUCGCCAAAUACAUUUCCCUGGUGCCAAGCAAGGGAACUAUGCACUUCCCGAGCAAAAAAGAGAAGGAGCUCCCUGGGGGAAAGAGCAGCCUCCUGGGUUUCAAAGUUCUAUUCUGCCGGAGCACAGGCGAGCACCUCCUGGUUUUCCUCACAAGCCUCAGGGCCAAGGACAUUGGGUAUCUGAGGGCCAGGAAAGUCGGGAUGAAUUGAAACACCUUAUUCAUUCCUUGUACAAUGAAGAUGGGGUGAUGAGAAGACAGGCCCCUGAAGAUCUUGGAAUCCAAGGUGAUGCAUCUCCUAGACUGGGACUCACUACUCAGCUUGAGCGCCCUGGCCCACCUACAGGGAGUAACCUACAUUCUGUUCCAGCAUUGGAAAUUGAAGAAUCUCUGUCGAACUUGCAUUGUCAGGUUAGUGAUGAAGGGGGCACCCUCGGACUUCUGAGGCCUGGCCAGAGGGAUAGGAAUGGGGUAGUGGGUGCAGCCUAUGGAAGGGAUCGUCUACGUGAACAUGAUAUUUUGGCUGAACAGCAUGUGGGUUCUUUGAUGCAUAAGGAUGGAUUCAACAACAAUGGCGUAAGGAAGGACUUAAGAUCAGAUAUCUCCAGCUCCAGGGGAUUACGUGUACCUGGCCAGUGGAUCAGGAACAAGAAAAGAGAGAUCUGUCGCAGUGACAUAGACAGAUUAAAUGCUCCUUUUCUUGCAAUUUAUGAAUCUCUAAUACCAGCGGAGGAAGAAAAGGCCAAGCAGAAGCAACUGAUGACUUCGUUGGAGAAACUGGUCAACAAAGAGUGGCCUAAUGCCCAGCUGUAUCUUUAUGGAUCAUGUGCUAAUUCAUUUGGGGUCUCCCAUAGCGACAUUGAUGUUUGCCUCGCAAUUAAUGAUACAGAUAUUAACAAGUCUGAGAUCUUGUUGAAGUUGGCAGAUAUUUUGCAAUCAGAUAAUCUCCAGAAUGUGCAGGCUCUGACACGUGCCAGAGUCCCUAUAGUGAAGCUGAUGGAUCCAACAACUGGAAUCUCCUGUGAUAUUUGCAUAAAUAAUGUCUUGGCUGUGGUUAAUACAAAGCUGCUUCGAGACUAUGCACAAAUAGAUGUCAGACUGCGGCAAUUGGCUUUCAUUGUGAAACACUGGGCGAAGUCACGGGGAGUCAAUGAAACAUAUCAAGGAACAUUAUCUAGUUAUGCAUAUGUUUUAAUGUGCAUCCACUUCUUACAACAGCGUAAGCCUGCAAUUCUUCCAUGUUUACAGGGAAUGAAGGCGACAUAUGCAGUGACAAUAGAUGAUAUUGAAUGUGCGUACUUUGAUAAAGUAGAUGCCCUUCGUGAUUUUGGAGCACAGAACAAAGAAAGGAUUGCCCCUCUGAUAUGGGAAUUUUUCGAUUAUUGGGCCUAUCGGCAUGACUAUGCAAAUGCUGUUAUAUCUGUACGCACAGGGAGUAUCAUCAGUAAGCAAGCUAAGGACUGGACAAGGCGAAUUGGGAAUGAUCGGCAUUUGAUAUGCAUAGAGGAUCCCUUUGAAACAUCCCAUGAUCUUGGUCGAGUUGUUGAUAAGCACAGCAUAAAAAUUCUUCGGGAGGAAUUUGAAAGAGCUGCCAAGAUUAUGCAGUGUGAUCCUGAUCCUUCCGUAAAGCUAUUUGAGCCUUAUGUACCAAGUUGACCAUAUCGUUGAGAUUGGGCAGUGUUUUUCUGUAAUUAUGAGCUACGAAGUGUGUAGAGUCCCACUCAAUUAUUUGAUAUAAUCUGUUUUCCUAUGUUUUUGUUCAUAUGUAAUUUAGAAUAUUAGUUUGCCCUUGGUAUCUGCCCUGUAAAGCAAGUUAUGGUUUUGUAGAACUUUCUGCUCUUUUAUCUCUUAAAUUUUGGGGUUUUCCCUCAGAAUCUUUGG